AUGACUUGUGAAGCUUUCAUUUCACCUAAUGUCGAGUGGUCUUUAGAACCCUCCACAUGGUUUGGCCAAACUCUUCUUACUGCGACUGUCUGGUUCAUUCUCUACCAAAUCUUCUCUAAAACCACCGCCUGGACUCUUACUAUCUGGCUUUACAACAUAGUUACGUUUGUGUUCUUCCAUGCUAUUCUUGGUGAUCCAUUCAACCAAGAGUAUUCCGGAUUUACUUUCUGGGAACAACUUAUGAUCCAACUCAAAGGUUCUUCCGGUAUGACUUUCUUUACCGUCUUCCCAAUUGUUCUCUUUCUAUGUGGAGCCCGUCUCGCCAAAUUUAACAACUUCCUUUUUGUCAUCAAUCUCUCCUCACUAAUCAUAGCCGUUCUCCCCAAACUCAUCAUUUACAUCAGGUACUACCGCCAAGCCAAAUGUCCCCAAUCCACUCGGUCUUCCAAACCCAAGCGCAAGGACAAGAAAUCCAAAAGCUAA